AGAUGAGCACACCUUUUGUUGUUCCCGCUGCCCGCACCACCACACAGGGUACCUGUGGUGGCCCCAGUUAAGAGUCGGGCUCCUUUAGAAGCUGGAUUGCCCUCUUUGGCCACUGCUUAACUCCCAUUCUUUCUUGAGACCUGCAGACCUUGAAACCAGUGCUAUGGAGAAGAGCAGUCAUGGGCUGUAGCUGGAAAUGGCUACUGGGUGUCUGGAAAUGGUUAGUUUUCCUUCUUUGUAUCUAGUUGUCCAGAUUGGCUUCAGUAUGCUGCACUGGGAUCUUGAAAGUCCUAGGCUAAGCAACCUUGGUGUUGAAUGGGCACACUGUAGGUAGUAGCUGUUUGUCCUGGUGUCUGCCUGCUUCUCUGGGCAGCUUCAAGGCUACCUCCCACCCCAUCCCUUUUGAGCUACCACUGCUCACAUCAGUCGCAUCCCCCAGCAGGCUGUUUUCAGGAAGGCAGAGCUGUGCUUACAAUGCUUGCCUGGACCUCAGAGUCUGGGUUUGCACACAUUUCCCCCUGUGGCUGUACAGAGCACGUUGAACAUUUACCUGCCCAGCGGGUUCAUCAGUGAACUAUAGUAUGGAGGUUUCAGCCUUGCAGGCGUGUGAGUGACCCCAGGCAGCUUGGCACCACGGCAAGGGCUUGGACGUGGGGAGCACUCAUGCCUCUUAUUGGCCGUUUGGGGAAGAAGGGAACCAGAGGACGUGCAGAACUGAAUUCUGUGGGCGCAGCUGGGACCCAAGAUGCAUUUGUAGAGUCAGCCCUGGUGUGAAAGACAACAGGGAACCAGAGAGUGACAGCGGAGAGGGGGGAGGAAAGAUACAAAAGGAGAAGCAGAAGUGUGUGCAAAGCAGCUUGGGGCUGGGGAGCUGAUGGCUCAGAGCGCUUCCUGUCCCUGGAGCCGCGCGUGCCAAGCUGUGCACAGGCUCGCACCUGCUUGUGCCCCACAGCACUGUGCAGAGGGCCGGAGACCAAGGCACUGAGCCAGACGGAGGUGGAUGGAGAGGGUCAGAAUGGACUGAUGGUAGACACCGGGAGAGAUGCAUGGCCAGCUCCCAGGAGGUGCAGAACCAGCGUGGUGUUGGGUGCUCCAGCGCAGACCUCCGACUUCCCGUUUCUCACCAGCGCAAACCGAGUUCUCCUCUGUGCUUUUUGAGUUGCUUUGGUGGUAGACGCUUGCCCCCCUCUUCAUUUGCUCUCCACGAUGGUGAGGUGGUUUCACCGUGACCUGAGUGGGCUGGAAGCUGAAGCCUUACUGAAGGGACGAGGUGUCCAUGGGAGCUUUCUGGCCAGACCCAGUCGGAAGAAUCAGGGGGAUUUUUCUCUUUCAGUCAGGGUCGGUGAUCAGGUAACCCAUAUCCGCAUCCAGAACACCGGGGAUUUCUAUGACCUGUAUGGAGGGGAGAAAUUUGCCACCUUGUCAGAACUGGUGGAGUACUACACGCAGCAACAGGGCUCACUGCAGGACAAAGAUGGAACCAUCAUUGACUUGCGAUACCCGCUCAACUGUUCCGACCCCACUACAGAGAGGUGGUACCAUGGGCAUCUGUCAGGCUCUGCAGCUGAGUCACUUCUCCAGGCCAAAGCCACCCCUUGGACCUUUUUGGUGCGGGAGAGCCUCAGCAAACCUGGGGAUUUUGUCUUGUCUGUCCUCACUGACCAGCUUAAACCUGGCUCUGAUGCUCCACCAGCUGGGGCAACCAGUGCCACGGGGGCCCGGCUCAAAGUCACGCACAUCAAGAUCAUGUGUGAGAAUGGACGCUACACAGUUGGAGGUGCUGAAACGUUUGACAGCUUGGCAGAUCUGGUGGAGCACUUCAAGAAGACUGGAAUUGAAGAGGUGUCUGGCUCCUUUGUGUACCUGAAGCAGCCCUACUAUGCUACGAGGGUGAAUGCUGCUGACAUUGAGAAUAGAGUGCAGGAACUGAACAAAAAGAGUCUAUCUGAGGAGGCGUCCAAGGCUGGAUUCUGGGAGGAAUUUGAUAGUCUGCAAAAACAGGAAGCCAAGCAGCUGUUUGACCGCCACGAGGGUCAGAGACCUGAAAAUAAGAGCAAGAACCGAUACAAGAACAUCUUGCCCUUUGAUCAUUCCAGAGUCAUUCUCCAAGGAAGGGACCCAAAUAUACCUGGAUCUGAUUAUAUCAAUGCCAACUAUAUCAAGAACCACCUAGUCAGCCCAGAUGAGUGCACCAAGACCUACAUUGCCAGCCAGGGUUGCCUGGACACCACAGUCAAUGACUUCUGGCAAAUGGUGUGGCAGGAGAACACCCGCAUUAUCGUGAUGACUACACGGGAGGUAGAAAAAGGACGGGUAAGUAGCGGCUUGUUGAUGUCUCAGAGCUGCCCUCUCUUCUCCUUCACCCACUGCUCUGUACCUCGCUCUUUCCUGCUCGUCCUCACCCCGUCCUCUCUACCUACACAGAACAAAUGUGUGCCUUACUGGCCAGAGGUGGGCAGCAUGAAGGAAUAUGGUCCCUACCUCGUGGAGAACGCUGGGGAGCACGAUGCGUUAGAGUACAAACUCCGUCACCUCUGUGUGUGUCCGAAAGAUAACGGUAACGCUGUGCGUGAGAUCUGGCACUACCAGUACCUGAGCUGGCCUGACCAUGGUGUACCCAGCGAGCCAGGAGGAGUGCUCAGUUUCCUUGACCAAAUCAACCAGAAGCAAGAGAGCAUCCCAGAUGCGGGGCCUAUUCUGGUACAUUGCAGUGCUGGGAUUGGCCGCACUGGGACUAUCAUCAUCAUUGAUAUGAUAGUGGAAACAAUCUCCACCAAGGGGCUGGACUGUGACAUUGACAUCCAGAAGACCAUCCAGAUGGUGAGGGCCCAGCGCUCAGGGAUGGUGCAGACAGAGGCCCAGUACAAGUUCAUCUACAUGGCCAUCUGCCAGUUCAUAGAGGCAACCAAGAAAAAGCUGGAAGUUAUCCAGUCACAGAAAGGCAAGCCAAACGAGUCUGAGUAUGGGAACAUUGCCUACCCCCCUGCAGCAAGGAACGUGCAUGCCAAAGCUGCACGGAAACCCUCCAAGCAGAAAGAGGAGUCAACGGUCUAUGAGAACCUGGGGAAGAAGGAGGAGAAGGCGCGGAAGCAGCGCUCCUUGGAGAAGAAGCUGAAAGGCUCACUAAGGAAAAAAUAAGAUAGGUUGCAGGUAGCCCCAUGGGGGGUUUGAACCAGGGGUGCAGGACUGGAGCUCACAUCCAGGCUGGGCUGUCUUGCAUUCUUUGCCUUUGGACUGAAAUUAGGUCUUCUCCUUUUUUUCCAUCCCACCUUUCAGGCCUGAACCAGACUGCUUUCCAGCUCAGCUGGCUGACUUCCGCAUCCCUUGCCUGUGCACGCCAGCAGCGUCUCCUGCUACCCCUUCAUCCUUCAGUAACAGGAAACAAUGGGGCACCUUCUUUCCCUUGCUCUCUGGGGCCCAAGCUCACCUCUGCUGGGGCAGCUCCAGUGGACUUGAAGAAGAGCAAAGGAAGCUCUUUACAGGAGCUACAUCUCUGCCCGCUGCUGUGAGUUAGAAUUUAGCCUGUUAGUGUUCCCUGAAGCCUCAGCUUUUAAAGUAUAGAGGUUUUGGCCCGUUUCAGCUCAGCAGCUCUGCAAUUCAACAGGAAACUUCCUCUCUCCUUAAUACCAACCCUCUGCCCUAUAGAAUCAUAGAAUGGUUUGGACUGGAAAGGACCUUAAGAUCAUCCAGCUCCAACCCCCUGCCAUGGGCAGGGACACCUUCCACUAGAGCAGGUUGCUCUAAGCCCUGUCCAACCUGGCCUUGAACACUGCCAGGGAUGGGGCAGCCACAGCUUCUCUGGGCACCCUGUGCCAGCACCUCAGCACCCUCACAGAGAAGAACUUCUUCCUUAUAUUUAACCUGAACUUCCCCUGUUUCAGUUUAAACCCAUCACCCCUUGUCUUAUCGCUACAGUCCCUGAUGAGGAGUCCUUCUUCUCAUGGUCCCUUUUCUAUUUGAUCCUUUGAGUGGAUGCUGUAAAUACACCAGAAUUGGAUGUGAUGGACAUGUUUUCUCCUUUGGUUGUAAAUAAACUUGUAUUUCUUUGAA